UUUAGCAAUCUAUAGAUAAAUUUAAAAUUUGGAAAACAGACCGAUGCAUCUUGGAAAAGCAUCACCGCGCGUAACUGUUAACUGAUUUAUUAAAAAGCUGAACUGUAAUUAAAAACAGUCACAUAUUUUACAAUUCGUAUUACAUUCACGCGAACACUCAGCCAAAUGUCGCAUAACUCUUCCAACAUGUCGCUUGAAGAUUGGACCGAUAACAUUAACGCCCGCUUGGAUGUCAUCUACAAAGAGCUAUGCGAUUUCGAGCAAAGCGUCAAUGCACAAAUGGAACCGGGCGAUACAGAGGAGGUAAAACUUAUGGAAUUACUAGAAGCUGUAAAUGAAAUCCAACGCACUGCGCGCAGCAUACGUCCGAUUACGAAUACUUUCAAAGAUAAACAAUCGCAAAUGCGUGAACAAAUGGAAAUGUUACAGCGUACGGUUGAGUUAUUGCAUUUGGAGAAUAAAACGAGCGCGGUAGAGGUUAAACCAGCGAUGGAGGAGUGACAGUUUGUCAUAUCUUCCAGUGCCAUUAAACUAUACUGAUGGAAGCGGCGCAAAACCUCGGGAACUAAUGCAUUUAACCGAGUUAAUUUUAAGAAUUUUUCAAAAAAGAAUUUAGGGUAACCUACGUAUUGUUUUGUAUAUUUUAUGUAUGUAUGUAAGGUAAGUUUACGCUCCAUGCUGCCGAACUGCGCACUUUAACCCUAAAACCAUAACGUCCAUCCAUCCCACGUUAACACCAAGUAUGCGUAAAUUUUACGUAGUGAUUAGAAUCGGCCUGAUACAAUCCAAUUUGCCCCUAAUUGAUAAUUUUUAUAAAACGAUUUAAUCUUAAAAUAAAGUACAAAAUUUUAAAAGAAUUAAUUUUAAUUUUAUUUUAUUAAAGAAAAGACAAGGAAUAAAUUAAAUUUCAUUGACACAUGCGAUGUGCUUUCGCAUUUGUGUAUACACAAAAAUACGUUGGCUACCGUUACAGCCUGGCACAUUUGCGCAAUCACAAUUUGAAAAUUGUAUAUGCGUAAAAUUUACGUAUAUUAUGGUUCCACGGUUAAGAUAAGUCAGAAUUUCUUAAUGUGGUUUUUAAGCGUAAUAAAUAGUCUAUCAGUAAAAAGUAGUAUUAGUUUGCUUUCUACGAGUUGACAGAGUUAUUACUCAGCUGAGCUGGGAAAAACAUUUUCGGUUUAACAACAGUCAUAUCCAUGCUAUCGGAACCACUUAGAUCAAUUACUGACCAGCACUGUCACCUCCAAAACUUUUUGAUAAAAUUCAUACGUAUGCUUUCAUAAUUGUGCUUAACUUUAUUUAAGCUUGAAUCCACAACUUGACUGCCAUUCUCUAGCUGAGGAUUAACAUUUACUCAAAAUUUUUGCGCUGCGGGCUGCAAUUUUUCUUUGUUUUCAUGCAUAAACAUACACUUAUAAGUACUUACUUAUGCAUAUAUAUUUUGUGAAACAUUUUGUAUAAGCUUAUAAUAAAAAUUUUUAUAUUACCAAAUA